AUGUUCAUAAAUAAUCAGUUAUACCCAAAACCAUGGGAAGAGCCAAAAAAAGCAAUCCGAGUCAAAACUAAUGGUUAUUUCCACGAGCGCAAUGAAAUGUGAAACUCUAUCCACCAUUCAUCACCUAAAAUCUCAAAACUUUACCUCUGCUCUCAAGAGCAGCCAUAUAAACCUUUGUCAACUCGUCCGUCUACAGCGUCAGCAGUCCCUUAUACAACAGCUCGAAAAGAAGUCUAUAAUGAAUUAUUCCAUAUUAUGCUAAAUUUUCCAUAUAAAUUAAGAAAAUAACAUGAUGAGAAGCAUAAACGUAAAAUAGAAUACUUAACCAUCGAAAAAGAGAACGAGAAGCUGUAAUUUUCAAAUUAGAGACAAAUUAAAAGUGGCCAAAUUUCGAUUCUAGAAUCUGAUAUAGAAACAACUAAUGCAAGAUUUGUCACAUUUAAAAACCCUUCUGCCAACACUUUGCAUCACAAAUUUUCGAUUUUUGAUAAAUAUAAUGACUUGCCAGCUGAAAAAUUGGAUUUAUUGAUUGAUCCUAGAAUUAUAAAAGUUGAUGAGGAAGCUGUUGAAAAUAUACAAAUAAAAAUUGAGGAACAAAAAUUCGCUGAGAGAGAGAGAGAGAGAGAUUAGUUAGAGAGGUUAAGCGGGGAUUAUUUCAGCCCCUAGCCAGUCGGACUUCAGCUUCGUGCUUCAUGUGGCACUAAGCACUAAAGCCACCUACCGCCCUUUUUCUUCGGAGCCAUCAAAAAUGGUGACGUCCUCAGUCUGUCGGGGAGACUCACCCGACCCUGCUGGAUCAAAAAAUUUCGGCAAGGACUCUCUUAACCCCUGGUGGUGCUCAGGGUAUGAGAGGAUCGUCCAUUGUCUUCUUCUGGAACCACCUGUGCCAUUCGCAGGCACCAUAAUGCUCCUCCAGAAGUGCUUGAUUGAUGUUGCGCCGUCGGUAUCUUGUCUGUGGGUCGAGGGGAAGCCCAGUCAGCCCAAGCCUGCACCCCACCCCGGAGAAUUGCCAUCUGCGACCCCUUGGCCUUCGGCCGUUUUAUUUAUUUUUGCACGGCCGAAUUCUGGGAUUUUUUUUGCUGUCGCCGAGCCAAAAUGGAUUUCCAUCUUGCAAGAUGGAAAUUCUAAAAUUCGCUGAAGAAAUGAAGAAACAAUGACAUGUCGAAAACCGCAUGAAAAUCAUGAACGAUUUUAAAACACUCACUCCCCUCUUUUAAAUUGGAACAAACAUCGGCAAAAUUUCCAUUUAUUGGGCACUUUAAACCUCUUUAAAUUUGAACAAAAUUAUUUUUUCAACAGUAGUUAAAAAUAAAUUUUUUAUAAAAUUAGUUUUAACCUAAUUUAAUGGAAAAAUUACAAGUAGAAUGCUAUUUUAAACCGUUUUCACACUGAAUCAAUUUAUUUUUUUAAUUAAUUCUUCAUAAAAAUAAAUUGAAAUUCAAAGUAUUGUUUCUCAAUUUAUAAAUUUAAAAAAAUAAGGAAAAAUUAUUAAUUUAUAUAAAAUUAGUUCUAACAUAAUUUAAUGGAAAAAGUACAAUAGAAUGUUAUUUAAUCAAUUUUCAUACUGAAUCGAUUAUUUUUUUAUAAAAAUAAAAAGUAAUGUUAUCGAUUUAUAUUUUUUCAAUAAAAGAAAAUAAUAAUAUCUUAUAAAAUUACGUUUUAACUUAAUUUAAUAAAAAAGUAUCAUUUAAAUAGUUUUCACAUAAAAAUAAAUUAAAAUUUAACUCAAUUUAUAUUAAAUAUAAUUUUUUUCUCAAAAACAAAUUAACUCUCUUUUAAGUUUGAACAGGAUUUUCCAUUUGGGAGGAGUCAGCAAAAAAAACAAAGAAAAAGAAGAAAAAGCUGGUGUUGUUCAUAUAAAAUCAGAACCAUCUCGACCCUCUUCAAAAUGCAGUGAAAGAUUGAAUCAAUUAUCAGCACCAACUGAAAGAAAAAUUCCCAAAGUAGACGAGCUACCUGAAUCCCGAGGGCUAUUAAAUGUGGAUUUUCCAGAGGCUAUAGCUAUCUAUAUGAAUAAAGGCGGAUAUAUUCCCCUAACCACAAGAAGAGCAGAUGCUUUCCCUUUGACAGAUUUUCAAAAAAAAACUUUAAGUAAGCCAGAUUUACAAGAGACAGACUGACGACCAACCACAUCAAGAAUGCCUACUAGAGUUCAAUCGGCAAGGCCUUCUAUCGGAUAUACAGAGAGAGAGUUUAACGAAAUUCAAGAAGGAAUGCAAGCGCUUAAUGAAUUUGAUAGAAAAUUCGGGAGCAUGAAAGGGAGGGUCGGUUUUCCGCAAAUUUAUUUGGAAAAGUUUAAGAAAAAAGACGAAAAUUAA